CUCUGCUUCUAGACUUUGAUCAGCACAACCAACUUGAAAUAUGAAGGUUCUCGAAGACUACCGGUCUCUGGUCCAUGGUAUUGGUUCUCUAGAUUUCUCUGGGGAUGCUGUUCCCUGCAAGCUGCUGCUAACAGGAGACACUGCAUUCCCUGUGCUGGUAACUCCAAGAAAAGAUGUACUCAUUGCUGCUUCUCGCUAUGGAAAAGGAAAAGUAGUGGUUAUGGCCCAUGAGAGUUAUCUAAACACAAAUGCAUUUAUGGACUUUUUGAAAAAUGCUGUAUCUUGGUUGAGUCCAAAUUCAGAAGCCAACAUUGGGGUACACAAAGGAUUAAAUCUCCUAACAGAUAAUCUUUCUGCCAAUGGAUCCAAAGUCCAAAACACUUCUACCCUGAUUGAGGGCCUGGGAGUGUUCUGUACAAUCGGAUAUGAUGAUAGCCAGGAUAAGCAGAUCAUUUCAUUUGUACGAGAAGGGGGAGGCCUGCUGAUCGGGGCUCAGGCUUGGCACUGGUCCUACAGCCACAAGCAGGAAAAUGUGCUGCACCAUUUUCCAGGAAACAAAAUAAUAUCUGUUUCUGGGGUGCACUUCACCAGUGACUAUGGAGAAAAAGGAAAUAUAUGUGUUAUGGAAAAUAUACCACAGGCUCCAAUUUACACAAGUUUUGACUUCUCACUCGACCAGAAGUACCUUCUAAAAGGCAUGUCUCAACUGGACAUCAGUGGGUCAAGUAUUCCUUCAGAUCUUCUUUUGCAUGGUACUUUGUCAUUUCCAGUUGGGCUUAGUGAAAACAAGCAAUGUUUUCUUGGUGCUACAUAUUAUGGCAAAGGGCGUGUGGUUGUAGCAACACAUGAAGGUUACCUAUCCAAAUCAGAGCUGAAAACCAUAAUGCUAAAUGCCAUAUCUUGGCUAGAUAUAAAUCAGAACAGAAGAAUUGGUGUUCACAAGGGCCUGAGACAAUUUGCUGAGCUUUUGCAGAAGGAAAACAUCCCAUGUAAUAUAUCCAGCUUAGACCCUGAUCUAAGUGUUUACUGCUGCACGUCCUACAGUGAUGCGGAAGCAAAAGCAAUCCAUGAGUUUGUUGCAGAGGGAGGAGGACUUUUAAUUGCUGGCCAUGCAUGGUAUUGGUCCUCUCAGAAUUCAGACUUGGAUGUCCUUAUCCAAUACCCAGGAAACAAGAUACUAAACAAGUUUGGCAUUAGCAUUCUGGAUAGAACCAUUCCUGGGGGCAAUUAUAAUGCAAUCAAUCCGGAUGAGUCCAGUCAACAGUAUCACUUCCGCAGAGGACUUUGUAAUUUGCAGGCUGAACUGAGAAGUGGUGCAGAAGUGAAACCUCCCUUGAGUAUUUGGAUGAACAAGCUCAGGCAGGAUGUCACUGCUUUUAUGAGGCUACCAGCCAAUCCUAUCAUCAGCUCCAUCCAGAGUCAGUUUGUAGAGAUGAUGCAGAUAUGUGAAAUCCCCAAUGUCACUAAGCAGUGUCCUGUGAGCAGCUGCUCAAAAGAAGCAUUUAUCUUGUGUUUGGCUCAGGAAUGCUUUAAUGUGUGUGAUGAAUCACAUAUUCUGGAAAAGGAACCUUCAAUCACUGUUGAGAUUGAUGGCACAAACCCAGGUAAUAAUGCCUGGAGAAGCACUGGUCUGUACUUGGCUCCCAGAAAGACAGCAGUUCUUGAGUUCCCUGCCUCGGCUGUGCACCAAGGUCUCCAGGUACAGGUUGGCUGUCAGUCAGACGAUUUGAGCUCUGCAGAUAAGUAUUGUCGUGCCCCUGUUGUUGUACGUAGAUUCCAUGUUGAUAGCCAGAGGGUUUCAGUGUCCUGUUUCUGGGGAGGACUUGUAUACAUCACUGUGAAAGCUAACAGCAACUUGGGUAUAAUCCCAGUUAAGGUGUAUGAAGCAGAACCAGCUCCGAUCUAUAUAAAAGGCAAGACCAGUCUUGACACAUGGAUACAAUCAAUUCGCAAUUUGCCUGCUCCGUGGGCUGAGCUGAUUACAGAAAACAUUAUCUUGACUGUACCCUCUGAUGCUAUUCGCUCACUAAGUGAUCCAGAAGCCCUGCUGUCUCUUUGGGACAAGAUAAUGGUUGCUAUUACUGAGCUUGCCGCCAUACCAAAGAAAUUGCCACGUCCUGAGCGAUUUGUUGCAGAUGUACAGAUCUCAGCAGGUUGGAUGCAUGCUGGAUACCCCAUCAUGUGCCAUUUGGAAUCAGCUAAAGAACUGACUGACUUAAACAUUAUGCAGACAGGAGGAAUCUGGGGACCAAUACAUGAACUAGGACAUAAUCAGCAGAAAACAAACUGGGAGCUUCCACCACACACAACAGAGGCAACAUGUAACCUUUGGUCCGUGUAUGUGCAUGAAACAGUUCUGGGAAUACCACGGAGUCAAGCACAUUGUUGUCUACAGGCAGAAACCAGGGCCAAUCAUAUACAGGAAUAUUUGAGGAACGGAUCCAACAUAGAACAAUGGAAUGUAUGGACAGCAUUGGAGACCUAUCUACAGUUGCAAGAAGGCUUUGGCUGGGAACCAUUCAAGCAGCUAUUCAAAGAUUACCAGAGCAUGUCGGGCAUCAGAAAUGAAAACAAAUCCAAGAUGAACCUGUGGGCGGAGAAGUUCUCUGAAGCUGUGCAAACCAAUCUUGUUCCAUUCUUUGAGGCCUGGGGCUGGCCCAUUGAGGAAGCAACUCACAGUAAAUUGUCUGUAUUACCUGUAUGGGAGAAGGAUCCCAUGAAGUCAUAUCUUAGUGCAAGGAAAUCAAACUCAAACUAAUCUAUUUCAUUAUCACUGUUCUUUCUUUGGCUGUACAUCUUCUAGUAAUAGUAAUAAAAAAUCAGCAAUACUA